ACUUGUUGAUUCCUCCUAUCACAGAACAAUUUCCAUCCAAAUUCACAUCUGCAAACAGUCCUCUUUAGAGUUAAAGACUCCCAGUCAUUAGUUUAUCAAGGUUUCAGGGCGGCCUCAACAUGGAAAUUGCUUCAGCCAAAUGGUUAUCUGAACUGGAAAUGGAGGAUCCCACGUUGUUCCCACAAUAUCCAACGAUGAACCCUAUUGACUUUUCGUUUGAUGAUUUCAAUUUCGAAUCUUUUUCUCCUGAGAGCUACACAUCCUACACAAACAUCGACCACUCCCAUGGUUUACAUAUUGAAGCUUCUCAUAACGUCGGUGACGACGACUUUAGAAGGCCAAUGAAACAACUCAAGACCAGCAGCAGCAAUUGGAAGUCUUCUUGCAUCACUGAUAACAUCCCACCUAAGGCUGCUUCUUCCUCUUCUUCCCAUAUAAUCUCUUUUGACAACUCGAAUUCGUCACCGCCCGAUAUAUCUCAGCACUAUUGUGGUCUAGACCGUGAUUUGAAACGGAAAAAUGAGGUGGGUUCAGAUGGAAAUUACACGGGAACUUUUCCAUCUUUGAUUUCUCAAGUUGCCUACGAGGACCAAUAUUGUUCACCUAAAUUUGAGCAGGUUUCAAAGAGGGUUGGUUCAUCGACUAGGGCUCCACUCUAUGCUCAAGAUCAUGUAAUUGCUGAAAGAAAACGUCGUGAAAAGCUCAGCCAAAGGUUCAUCUCUCUUUCAGCACUUAUUCCUGGCCUGAAAAAGAAUGACAAGGCUUCUGUUCUUGGGGACGCUAUCAAAUACUUGAAGCAACUUCAGGAGCGAGUGGGUACGCUUGAGAAUCAAGUGGCUACGAAAACAAUGGAAUCGGUGAUCAUUGUGAGGAAAACCCAAAUUUAUUCAGAUGAUGAAACAUCGUCGUGUGGUGAGAACUUUGAAAGCCAAUCCAACAAUCCAUUCCCCGAGAUCGAAGCAAGAGUUUCGGAAAAAGAUGUGCUCAUUAGAAUCCACUGCGAGAAAAACAAAGGGUGCAUACCAAAUAUCAUAAACGAAGUCGAAAAGCUUCAUCUCUGUGUGCUUAAUACCAACGUCUUGCCCUUUGGGCAAGCUACCCUUGACAUAACCAUUGUUGCUCAGAUGGAAGCGGAUUUUUCAAUGACAGUGAAGGAUCUUGUGAAAAGUCUGCGACUGGCUUUGCUCAACUUUAUGUGAUGAAACACUUUCAACAAGAAAAUUACUAGGAAUAAUUGUUAAUUCUCUAUAGAGGGUUUUUUUUUUCCCCAUUUUUUAUCAGUGAUGAUUUUCUAUAUAGUUUGUGAGUGUUCUUUUUCCCUAGUUAUUCCUUGAGAGCGAAACAACAGCCUGUAAACAAUUCUCUCAAAUAACAGUGACCACCAGCCAUUAGAAGCAGCUAGGAGGAUGAACCAAUUUUGCAGCAAAUUAAGAAGUGUUUGUGUUUUUUGGCGUGGUCUCGUCUUGUUGGCCACGUUUAAUUCCCUCCCCAAGUGCUGUAUUUUGGUUCUCUUUAAGUUUAGCUAAGCCUAUAGGCAAAAGUUGUUUUUGAGAGGUCUUGAGUACGAUACAUGGCCUCUUAUUAUUAUUAUUUUUUUCUCCACUUCUCAAUUGAAUUUGGAGAUUUACAGGCAGUUUUUCUUUCUCAGGGUUGGUGAAGUUUUUACUUUCUAGGGACCUUGUAAGAUGAUGUUCCGUUUUUAAUAUUCGGUUGUAUGCGUAAAAUCUCUCUCCUUUGUAACUUCACCUUUUUCUUGAUGGACUGAAUGACCAAAGUUAUUGUUUCCUUC